GGCCCAGCCACCGGAACCGUUCUCACCUCCCGUGCAACUUAAUUUUGCAUGCCAAUCUCGUAGCAACCGCACUGCAGAAUACGCCACCAGAAUUGUCAUUUUCAACCAUGGAUCCUCUUACAACAUCUGUAUCUGGCUCUCGAUAUCCCGUCUGCGUUCCUGUGAAACCAAAUCCACCUUCUCCACCUCCGAAGCCAAAAUUACAACGCACGUCUCCCCUACCAGUGCGCGACGUCAGACCUGUCUCUGCGAUCCGCAGAAAACCAGUCGUAACGUUCAAAUCCCCGUCAUCACACGAUUCCACUGAGGGACCUGUUAUAUCUGCACGUAUCUCCCAACAAAGUUCAUCGAAACCAACUCCUUCGUCAUCCAUUUACUCGACCAGCUCGGUAACCGAGUCCGUUAGUCACUCUGUUAGUGCUUCACGCCGAAGACCAAUCGCCCUCCCACUUUAUCACCCUAAGGGCCUGCUCGCGCUGUCCCUACCACAGCUCGAUCCAGGCCUCUUUGGUCUACCUAGCCCAGUCUCUGUUGAUGAUCAAGAAGUUCAAGAAGAUGAGGUUGCUCGUCGUCCUACAUCUCGUGCCAGACGCCCUGCAGCCAAGGUCCGCGAUCGAGAGCGCGACGAAGCCGAGGACAAUGGUACAAAUGGGACAGAUGCUUUGAAUGGACAAACCAAACAGACUAGUCCUCGGAAACGGCGUGCAGGUGCUGGAGGUGGCGCCGGGAAGAGGAGAAGAAAGGACGCAGAGGAAGCGGAUGGUACCUACCCCCAACCUGCUCGGAGGACGAGGAACGCACGUAACGCAAAUACCUUACCUGCGUCUCCACUAGCUGGCGUAGCGGUCGCUGCUACCGAUACUCCUGACAAUGCCGAUACGCCGAAGGGUGCAGAUGUCGAAGAUACGGAGACACCUCAAGCUGAAGUGACCAAACCUAAUAAACGUGUAACUAGGCCACGUCCGACAACCACGAAGCGCAGGGGAUCUAGCGCGAGCGAUAGCACUACGACCUCGGUGUCGGUAUCCAUUGCUACAAAUUCCAGGAACAAGAGCUCUGUGCCUGAGAAGGCGGCUGAAGAGCCCAUACGAGAAGUGGAAAUGGAGCAGGAAGAUAAAGAAGAGAAGGUGGACGAGAAAACGGAAGCCCCAUCUGUGGGGGUAGAUCAGGAGUACAAAGAGAAGCCUGAGGAAUCUGCUUCAGAUACCACCAAGGUCGCGGAGACUUCAAACCCUAUGCAAGUCGACGAACCCGUGGAGACCUCUGUCCCAGGGAUACCUGCGCCUGUGGAGAACGUGCUUAUUGCCCCUCCACCGGAAACUGUCACUGCCGUUGCUGAAUUGGUGAAAGCGAUUAAUGGCACAGCUGCCGAGGAUGACAAGGAAGAAGGAGAGCUAAGUGAAAGUGCCGACGGGGAGUCGGUGAAGAAGAGUUAGUAUGUCUCAAACUUCUAGCCUCCUUCCUAUGCGUGUCUAUCUUUCCCCUUCACUCUGUUAUUGGUAUAUCUGUCUACGUCUAAGUCUAUUCUGUAGCCUUUACUCCUCGUUGUCUGUGUUAUGCUUCCGCUUGGUCAUGGCUCGAGCUUUGAAUACCCUGUAUCAUAGAAUUUUGUACCUCCUUCUCUCCACUCCUGUACCGUGUCGAACGUGGUUAUCUAUCUAUUCUAUUCGUUGUUCCCUUUC